CCCACUGCGCAGGUCUGCCAGCCACCGUCCCAGUGGGGUUUCCCUUCCAGCCCUUUCCCUUUUCUGGACCGUUCCCAUAUUUGUAGCUCUGGUCCGCGUGCUGAAUCGGCCCUCCCUGAGAACCAGCACUGGGGAAAGACAGGUAACUUACGCAGCUAUACAAUCCACCUGGAGUUCCUGACCGUUCGAGGAACAGGACUUAGACCACAUUAGCUCCCUAACCUAAUGCUGCCCCUGCUGGGCAUGGUGCGUCGCCACCCGUGGCUGGCAAGCGUGGCUGCUUAUGGGACGCUGUUUUCAGCAGCAGAUGUGGCCCAGCAGAUGUUGGCCAGGCCGCGCCAGGACCUCUCUGAGCCGGAAUAUUUGGAUCUGAAGCAGACCGGGAAAGUGGCGGUCGUAGGAUUCAGCUUCCAUGCCAACUUCAAUUAUAUCUGGUUCCGGAUUCUGGAGCACCUUUUCCCAGGAACGAACCCCGCCAGGGUGAUCGUGAAGGUUGCUUGUGACCAAGCUAUAGCAGCACCAGUCACCAUCGGAGCAUUUUAUGUUGGCUUGUCGCUCCUGGACGGCGAAAGUGACGUUUGGGGGAACUUCCGGGAGAAGUUUUGGCCAACCUACAAGGCUGGAGUGCUCUGUUGGACUUUAUUCCAGGCAGUGAAUUUCACUCUUGUUCCACCUGUGCUGCGAACCACCUACGUGGGUGCCUGCUCUUUCCUGUGGACAGCUUUUCUCUGCUAUCUGCGCCAACAUAAUGCCCAAGAUACCACCGCCCGAAUCUUCCAGGCACUGCCAGGCCUGGCAGGUCUCUUUCCACCGACAGCAGACGAGAAGGAAGUAAACAUGCCCUCCGAGAGAUAACCAAGGGACUCCAUAAAUCUGUAUAUCACUGAUUGUAUUCCUCCUCCGCCCCAUUUCUGGCGUUUGGACAAAUGCUGCCCGACACCGGCUGAUUUCAGAGCGGUGCUUAGCCAUCUGGGUCUCUUUCAGGCUUGGCAUCCUAUAGGUGGGUGGCAUCCAGUCGAACAAAUACAAAGGACAAAAUCCAAAAUAGUUCAAGCUGGUUUGUA